CGUUUCUAAGUGUUCGAUGGUCGCAGGAGAAUGGAGAGGAAUUGAAAGGAAGGAGGAGGGGGAGAUUGUGUGGCAAACUCUGUUGAAUCCUCCGGAGAGCCAAGAUUACAUCUUUCGCGAAGGGAGGCGCUACGUGGCACCCUACCAUUUCGAGUUCAUCUCUCAUGUCAGUGCCGCUGAAAGUGGACCGAUACAAGUCGAGGGGAGGGUAGUUCCUGUCUCUUACAUUGUAAAACCGUCUGAAAAAAUAAGCCACUUUGUACACAGGCAUGAGCCUCCUGUGAUAAGCCAUGGUGUCUCCAUCCUACAGAAAGAACUGAAUGUCGUGACUGUUUAUAAGCCGGCAUCUAUUCCAUAUCGUAAAAACACUGUGGUCAGCAUCCUUCCGGCAGAGCAAGGACUGGCACCCUUAUUUCCUGUUCACCAACUAGAUCGCCUUGUCUCUGGACUCCUUAUCUUUGCCAGAAACGCGUCAAAAGCAGAUCUUUUGAGGCAACAGAUUGAAGGUGGUUUGAUGCAGAAACAGUACAUUGCAAAGGUGGUGGGUGAAUUUCCUGAGAAUGAGCUGGAGGUCAAUGUCAACAUCAAUUACAAUGCUCGAGAAGGAAGGAGCACAGUGGAGGCAGGUGACCCUACUUGUGAUACUGCCCUCUUGAAAGGAAGGCCGCUUGUACAUAGUUCACAAGGAUCAGCACCAAUGGAAUUCAUAGCUUUGUUCUCUGUGAACCAGUCACUGGAAGAACUUCAUCAGAUACGCGUCCAUUUGCAGUUUAGUGGCCAUCCAAUUGCCAAUGACAUGAUUUACCUUUCUGAACAAAGGACCAGUCAUUCAGCUGAAGGAAUGGUUGCUGAUAAAGCUGCUGGUUUGUCAUCAGAAUCCAGUGUUUCUGAUAUUGGGCAGAACGAAAAGGAAGAGGAGCCUUGCAUUGAAUUUAGUACUGACCCUAUGUGCACGAAUUGUCCAAAUUUAGCUCCAAAAGGAUAUGAUGGGAAUGAGGAGGGACUGUGGCUACACUACAUACAAUAUUCUGGACCCGAAUGGAUCUAUGAGUGCCCAUAUCCAGAUUGGGCAUCCCUUGGCUAGCCUAAGAACAAUCCAAUUUUUCAUCUCGAGGCUGUUCUCUAAAUUUGCUUGAAAAAUAUAGCAAGUUCACAGUUAUGCAGCUGUUUACUUUUCCAAAGAGCCUUGGAAGAAUCUGAUACUGUGAGAGACGAUUGCAAGCCUGCAAAAAUUGUUUCAAAUAGUGUAUUCCAAUGCCGAGUGUAUGCUCAUAGGUUGUAGAGAAAAGAGCUUCCUCAUCGGUGAAAUUGCUCUCGUUAAAGUCCUUCAUGUUUGUAGGAUGAGAAUCAACUGUUGGUCCCGCUUGACAGGAGAAACAUUUUGCUGUGGCUCAAUUCUUUUAUUGGCAGUCUGAUUGAGGAACUACUUUCUGUUUA